GGAGUUAACAGUUUGCUGACUGCCCUACAGAAUUUGGACUCAUGCAUACCCACAGUUGCCAUUGAGCACACAGCGAGACCCGCAGCCCUCCUUGCCCACAUCUGUCUCCAGCAGAGAGGUCUCCGAGGGGUCUGUCAGGGUCUGACAACGGGCUGAGGUCUCCUCUGGGAGGAGGGUCAUCCAGGGCUCACCAUGAGAAACUCGGUCUGCGGCUUGUCGGCCACCUCUUCCAGCACCUUCUCCAUCUGCCGCAGCUGCUCCAGGUAAGAGCCCAGGCCCGCCACCUCCCGCCGGAGGGCCACCCCCGCCUCAUCCCGCACACGCUCGGCCUCGCUCUCCAGGGAGGACUCCAGUGCUGCCAGGAACACCCGCAUCUUGCCCAGCUGCUCCCCCACGGCCCCCCGGAAACGACGCACAGUCUCCUGCGGGGACAGACAAGAUAGAGCACUUGGCUGGGAACCUCAAGCCUGGACCCCAGUCCCCAGGCUCCGGCCCACCGUGCCCCUCACCUCCACCUCCAUCAGCUGAUGCUCCAGCACAGACCGGCUUUUCUCCUUGCGCAUGCAUGCCUCCUGCAGCUGCAGUUUCUGCUGCGGGAGCUGUGUCUGGGGGUGGGCCAUGAAGAGGUGAUGGGGAGACUGCCCCCUCCCCAACCGCACACUUCCCCCACUAAACCUGCCCUCUCUGGCUCAGCCUCAAUGCCAGUUCCUCCCCUAGCCAGGACAGGCUAACAUCCUACCAUUCCCCAAAUCCACUCACCUGCCCGCAGGCCUUUGCCUGUGCCCAUUCCCGGGGCCUGGAAUGCCUUCUCCUCCCCUUGGUGGGUUUUGUUGUCCCCACUCUGGGUUAGCCUCCCCUCCCCCCAUCACCUUGGCAGUCAGGCCCUCCCACCCACCACCCACCCCAGCACAGGUCUUUGUGAGAAUGACAAACACAAACGCGGCCAUCAGGUCUCUCUACCAGACUGGUGAGCACAGGCCCUGGCACCCAGCAGGCUUCAGGGUAUGUGCCAGGAGGAAUUCAACCUCUCCGUAUUCCUGACCUUCCCCCCAUACUUAAAGGCAGAAGAUCAGCAAAACAUCCCAGCCAGCCUCCCUGCUCUCCCGUCAGCUCUGGGGCAGGCAGUUUCAUCAAACCGGCUUCUGACAGACCAAAUACACAGUGUGAGCCGGAUCCUACCCAGGGCUGUCACUUUGCAACUCCUGAAAUGCAGGGACAGGGGAGCUCCUGACAGCCCCCCACUGGAGCCUCUCCUGGCCAGGGGGGACGUGGCCCUGGAAGCAGACAGUGCAGGGUUCGUCCUGCCUCCACGGCUUCCAGCCUCAGCUUCCUCCUCCGCAGAAUGGGAACAGGGAUUCCUGCAGUUGUGUCCCCACCCUGCUCUUGAGAAACCGGGAGACCCCAGCUCUCCCCUUGGAAAAGUUGCCUGCCAGGGCGAGUCCCCACCCUGUGGGGGCUGCAGGGUUGGGCCACAGGGUUGGACCCAGGGCUCCCCUGGCGGGCAGCCAGCUCAGUCUCCUCCCCAGUUCAUCCUGGGGAACGAACUGGGGAGGAGCGGCAGGGCGGGCCGGGUGGCUCAGAGCACAGACCGUUGGAGGUUCAGAGGCAGCAGUGCUGAGCCAUGGGGAGGAAGCGGGAUGCCAUCCUGGAGGCGCUGGAGAACCUGACCUCUGAUGAGCUCAAGAAAUUCAAGCUGAAGCUGGGGGUGGUGCCGCUGCGCGAGGGCUUCCGGAACAUCCCGCGAGGGGCUCUCGGACCGCUGGAUGCCGUGGACCUCACAGACAAGCUGGUCGCCUUCUACCGUGAGGACUAUGGCGCCGAGCUGACAGCAGCCGUGUUGCAGGACAUGGGCAUGCAGGAGGAAGCGUCACAGCUGCAGGCGGUCGCAUAAAGAUGGGAGAAGUUGGAAGUUCUGGGAUCAUCAGCAAAGGUGUCUGGGGGCCAAGGAAAGGAGCAGUGCAACUCUGAUGUUUGUAGGCAAAGACAACCCCCCCCAGAAGCCUACCAGGAAGACAACGAGAACAACACCACCUCGAGGAGCAACGGCCCCUCUGUGCCCCCAAGCAGUUACCCUCCUGCCCUUGAACCUAUCCUUUAUUAUUUUACAGCCCAAUAAAUAUUUUAUGACAGAC